UCAUCUCAUCCGGCUACUAGCUGCUCCUGUCCGCUCGAACCCGCCUCAUUCCCGCUGCAAAUCCUUCCACCUCCUUCCUCACAUAUACCCACCACGACAAGCCAGGACAGCCGGUCUCUGUCUCUCCCCCCUCUUUCAAACAAGAAUCUAGGUUCGACGGUGCUCUCUCGUGCGUGCCGGCAAUGGUGUCCCCCCGUGCGGCCAUCGUCUUCCUCGUCGCGGCCGCCUCCAUCGCCGUCGCUCUCUCGGAUGGCGGCCCGGUGUUGUACGGGUACGAGGCGGGGAGCGCGACGGGGCCGGAGAACUGGGGGAAGCUGAGCCCCGAGUACCGGCUGUGCGGGCAGGGGAAGCAGCAGUCGCCCAUCGACAUCGUGACCAAGAAGGCCGUCCCCAACCCCAACCUCGACACCCUCGAGCGCACCUACGCCGCCUCCCACGGCACGCUCGUCAACGACGGCCACGACAUCAUGCUCAAGUUCGACGGCGCCAAGGUCGGCACCAUCACCAUCGCCGGCAAGGUCUACAGCUUCGACAAGCUGCACUGGCACGCGCCCUCCGACCACACCAUCAACGGCCAGCGCUUCCCCCUGGAGCUGCACCUCGUCCACAAGAGCGCCGACGGCGGCGUCGCCGUCAUCGCCAUCCUCUACCAGCUCGGCGCCCCCGACUCGUUCUACUACCAGCUCAGGACCCAGCUCGCGGAGAUGGCCGCCGACAAGUGCAGCUUCGCCGAGGAGGAGUCGCACGUGGAGACGGGGCUCGUGCACCUGCGCUCCCUGCAGAAGCGGACCGGCAGCUACUUCCGGUACACGGGCUCCCUCACCGUGCCGCCCUGCACCGAGAACGUCAUCUGGAACGUCCUCGGCAAGGUGAGGCAGAUCAGCAACGAGCAGCUGCAGCUGCUCAAGGCGCCGCUGCCCGGCAGCGACGCGAGACCGGUGCAGCCGCUCAACGGCAGGACCGUGCAGUUCUACAACCCGCCCAACAGCACAAUCUCCUUCCAGAUGUAAUUAGUAUAUAUUAUUACUAGUAACUUAGUAUUUCGUAUGCAUGACGGUUUGAUUGUCUACGAAUUGGUGAGGUGUACCUCCAUUCGGUAAGAUCAGAGAGAGGGCCGUGCAAUGCAUGCCCAAGUAGGUACAACUCCUUUUCAGGUGGUUGUGUGCACGGACCCGGCUGUUUGAACAUAAUCCAGCUUGACUAGAGAUUUAAUUUAA